AUGCCAGCUCUAGGAAUAGGUCGUCACCUCAAUCCCCUUGAAGACUUCCGCCGCACCGGCGAAUUCCGCGAACGAAAACCGGGCUACAAGGUCCUCGACCUAGUCCCCGUCCUAAUCUCCCAAUCACGCAUUCCCAUGCGCGAAAGCCUUUCCGGCGCUCACCUCGACUACCUCACCCGCCCCUUACCCGAAACCUGGAACAAAUCUGAGAUGCAAACCCUGCUAGAUAUCUGGAUGGAAAUGUUCGAUCGCACAUUCUUCUUCAACUCCAUUCGUAGGGCCGUGGGACCACUGGUGUUUACGAAGAUUGAUUCGCCGGGCAUACUGACGUAUGCGCAGUUCAAAUCUGGGUGGGAUGGCUCGAGACGACAGAUCAUUGUGGAUUUGCAUGAUGAGCUGCCGGAAUUUUAUGAGGGUACGCGCGAGCAGUGGUAUAUUUGCCAGGUUAUGCAUGAGAUGUCUCAUGCUUUCCUCGGCAUAUUUCGUUGUAAAUGUAGGCCUUGCUUGAUGAGGGUUGUGGAUCAUUCGAAGAAUGGCGGCGAGGGGAUUAGUGGACAUGGACCUGCGUGGUGCAAUGUUAUUGUAGCUCUUCAGGAGGCGUUGCAGUCUACGGUUCGUUGGCCGGUAGAGUGUAAUAUUGUCGCAAGUGCUCAGCAGAAUAUUGAGGGUUGGGUUCCAAAUACAAGACAACUUGAAAAUUGGGGGUUUUCUCCAGAGGAUAUCGAUGAAGCGAUGGAGGUCUGUGAGAAUAAACGUCAGUCUAGACGCAGUCGAGGAGGAGGCUCAAGAGGAGGUUCUAGUGGACCUUCCCGUGGCGGUGGCGGUGGCCAGCCCACUGGACGUAUCAAUCCUGAGACAGGAUUUCCCGAUCAUUUCGAGAUUUGCGGCAGCGACGACGAAGACGGCGGUAGCGGCUUUCUCGGAGGAAUGAUAGGCAGAAAAAGCGGUAGAGGCGGAGGUGGAGGUGGUGGGGGGUCGGGCAGUGGCAGAGGUAGGGGCAGGGAAGAGGAAGAGGAAUCCUAUAGCGGAGGCUCGGAUGGCUCUUACUACAGCGGCAGUGGUUCUGGAUCAGACUACGGAUCAAACUAUGGAUCAGAUUCAGAUUACUAG